AGUAAUCGUAUGUGGAGGGGCGAACUCAGUAAGAGCUAUAAGUUCGUUGAAAGUUGAGCUACGAUGAAAAAAUUUGGAGCUUUCGUGUGCCUGGCACUGCUGCUGCUGCUCCAUAAUGGCGAUUUGGUGGAGGCCAGGGAUGAGGACAUCUGCCGACUGUUCUCGAACAAUACGGUGAUCCGGGAUCCCGAUUCGUGCAGCCAAUCGAUCACCUGCAUCGACCAUGUGAGCCACUACAGCACCUGCUCGGGAUCCACACCGUUCUUCGACAAGGACACCGGAAAGUGUGUGAAGAGCCUGUCGUCUUCCACCUCCAGCUGUUCGAUAUCCUGCCAGGGUGUGGCCACCCACUUCCUGGCCGACCCGAAGUCCUGCUACGGGUACUACUACUGCGCGGAUCAGGAGACGCCCUUGUACGGCAGCUGUCCGCAGGAUACCCACUUUAAUGCCACCACCCAGACGUGCACCCGCCUGUACGAGUCGGAUUGCACCACCAGCAGCUUCGAGUACUGUAGCAUCGUGAAGAACAGUGUGAACUUCGACAACCUGGCCGGAUGCAACCAGUACCACCUGUGUGAGAAGGGCGUCCUGAAGGACAAGACCUGUUCGAGCACCAUGUACUACCAGGCCAGCACGGGCACCUGUGUGGCCAAGGCCCUGGUGGACUGCGAUGCCCAUCCGCUGCCCACCAAUGUCUGUGGCAAGGCCAGCAAGCCCACCGAGAACAAGUUCGUGUCCGAUGGAGCCACUUGCCGCGGCUAUUUCUUCUGUGCCAAGCAGAAGGACGGCACUCCGGACGCGAAUCCCGCCUGGAAUCAGUGUCCCCAGGACCGAUUCUUCGACCAAUCCAACCAGAAGUGCAACUACCCCAAUUUGGUCAAGUGCACCGCCGAUCGUUGCGAUGGUCGCAGCCCCACUUUCGUGCUCAGCAGCACCUCGGGCUGCCGGAACUAUCUGGUCUGCUCGGGUGGAGUCACCUUGCAGGAGAAGUCCUGCGGCAACUACUUCUUCGACGAGGACCUGGGUGGCUGCGUGCCAAACGUAAAGACCUACACCGCGUGCUAGGAGUAUGUACUUUGAAUAAAGCUCAGCAAUAAAUGUGAUAUGGUUAA